UGUAACGCACUCGCACUCGUUCACAUUAUGAGCGAUAACGAUAUUAUCGACGAUGAUGUUCUCAACAUUGAGGAUAUGACUGGAGAUGAUGCGGAUCUCUCUGCUAUCGAAGGAGACUUGAAUGAGAUCGAGGAGGAACAGAAAAAGUUGAAAGCUAUUCAAAAUGAAAUGGUCGGGCACAUGAACUUGAACACAAGCAGUCAGAGUAAUUCAUCACAAUCGCUCUUAACACCAGAGGAGAAAGCAGAAGCUGAUGCUAAAUCAGUGUACGUAGGAAAUGUAGAUUAUGGUGCAACUGCCGAAGAAAUAGAGCAACAUUUUCAUGGAUGCGGAUCUGUAUCCCGCGUCACUAUUCAAUGUGACAGAUUCAGUGGACAUCCGAAAGGAUUCGCAUAUGUCGAAUUUACCGAGAAGGAAGGAAUGCAAAACGCACUAGCUAUGACAGACAGUCUUCUUAGAGGCCGACAAAUCAAAGUAGAUCCAAAACGAACAAACAAGCCGGGCAUGUCAACAACUAACAGGCCUCCAUUCCGUGGGCGUGGAGGACGUGGACGCGGGAACGUCAUUGUCAAAUACGUCUAUGCAGGUGGAUUUCGUCCAAGAGGUCGUGGGGCUAGAAGACGCCCCGGAUUCGCCCCGUACUAAGAACUCACGAGAAGACAGAUUAAAUCAAACUCGAAAAAUUAUACCUUUAUCUGUACGUUCGGCGCACUCCUGCCCGCCCAUUAUUCAGAAACUUAUCUUUUUCCUUUCUUGAGAUCUUCUAUGAGUUUCCCUUGAUUUUUCUCUUAUAUUUAUUUUCGAUUUCUUUUUUUCCUCCCAUUUUAUUUUCACCUAAUUUUCAUCACAAAGUAUUUUUUGUUCCAUUUAUUAAUUUAUACAACCACGCAUUAUUCACUGUCUCUCGUUUUUCCGAUCGGCUUGUGGCCUACAUGUUUUAUUGUCUACCAAUUUUUUGAACGAUCUAAAAAGCAAUGUU